AGCAUAAUAAAUUCGAAAAAAGUAAUUAGCCUUUAAGCCAGCAAGAAUCGCACAUACGCGGGGAUUUUAACGGCAAACCGCUCCCACGGUCGCCCCACGGUUUCUUCCCACUCCAUUUCCAGCUUGUACACUGAAACCACCGUCCUUAUCCACACCUUUCUCUCUCUCUGAGCACCGAAUUUAUAUAUACAGCCUUCUCAACGCCAUCGCUCUCAUCACUUCAUUUCUCUUUCGUUAGCUUCCAAAUCUAAACGACAGCACAAAACCCAGAAAACGGCAAUGGCGAUGGCUAUGGUUGACGACUGCCACUCUCCCUCCCUCAAAGACAGGCUCAAAUCCUCCAUUUGUUGCUUCGCUGCUCAUGAUAAUCUCCCUGAGAGCCUGGACUCCGUCGACGACGGCAGCAGGAGGACACAGACGCCGAGAUCUCCAUACGCUUGGUUGAAAUCCACGGCUCAGGAUCUUGAAAUCAGAGACAAAUGUUGGGGCCUGAUUGGAAGAAGAGGUAAGAAUCGGAGGCGUCAUAAUUCUGCCGAUUUUAGGUACGAUCCUGCGAGUUAUUCCCUCAAUUUCGAUGAUGAUAAUAAACGAGAGGAUGAGUUGCCGCUCAAUAAUUUUAUGGCGAGGCUUCCGGCCACCCCAGAGAGGUUGCCGGCGGUGGGAACAACUAGGUGUGAGCUCUUUGCGUGGACAUGAUUGAGGAUGGUAUCUGAUUUUGGUGUUAUAUAAUACAUUUUUAUACAUAUUUUCUAAUUUUAACUCCUCAAUCUUGACUUCAUCUGUGUUUGUAUGUGCAGAAAUCUAAAUCUAAUUCUCUGUAUUUGUAAAGAGAAGCGGAAAAUUGUAUAGUGAGUUUCUUAUAAUUUCUUAUAAAAUUAAAUGUUACCCAA